CCUCGGAUCCUCCUCCUCCAUCAUCUUCUUCACCUUCCUUGCUCGCUCUCUCCACUGGUCAUCGAUCCCCCACUCUCUCACCACUACAAGGUCUCUCUCUCUCUCUCGCAAGUGCAGCUUCAAGGGUUUUGGUCUUCCUUGAGUCCUAUACAUCUGGCAUUCGGAAAUUCGUGACAUCAACCGGAUUUAUUUCGAGUGUGGGCAAAUAAUUCGCCCUCAAUUUGAUGAUUUAUAUAGAUUGUGGGAACCUAACCGCUGAAUCCUUGAGGAUUACGUCCCGCGGUUCAUCGUCCUGUCCGGUGACUUCGUUCCCUUAGUGAACUGUGGUGCUUAUGAUGGCUGAUUGUUUCGGUAUCUGCAUCGAAGGCUGUACAUUGCCCGCUGAAGUGGGGCUCUUUUUUCCUUUUACUUGGUAAUUUGUCUGAUUUAGAUUAAAAUUCCUCACUGUUUAUCUGUGUGUUGGUGCUAGUAAAAGAAAUGCCCCGUUUUUGCACAUUGUGGGAAGAUAUUUAGGAUGCGAUGCUAAUUUGAGGUCUGUUGUGAGGACUGUGCAUCAAAGAGGAAAACAUCUGAACAUUUUCAUUGUACCCUUUUUGAAUGGUGGUAAUGAUGUAAUGCCUAUUGAGAAAAUGCAGUGCUUGACCUGCUAGGAGUUUUAAGUCAAAUGGGGGAGCAGCGAGUGCAAGACAUAAUAGACCCGAGUCUCCUCAAUCUUCUAGUCUUUUGCAAUAUUCUUAUGGAGUACACGAUCGAAUUCUUUGAGUGGAUCCUUGUUGAAAUUGCAAUAUUGCUCUGUUAUUUCUCGCCAUGAAUUCACUCGAUGAUGGUUGGCAGGGAUACUUGCUUGUUGGCAAUUUGAUUGUCUUGUGAACUUCCUUUCGUCCUUAAUGGUUUGGAAAUCAGCUCAGAAGCUCAUCCACAACUGGAAGAUCCUCAGAGGAGAUGAUGUAAUGAUUAUUAGGGGGAAGGAUAAGGGUGAGAAGGCUCUCAUUAAUCGUGUUAUCCGCUCUCAAAAUCGUGUGAUUGUCGAGGGAAAGAACUUGGUCAAGAAACAUAUCAAGCAAGGCCAAGGUCAUGAAGGUGGGAUAUUCACCUUGGAAGCCCCUCUUCAUGUCUCAAAUGUCCAAGUUCUUGACCCAGUCACAGAGGGUCCAUGUAAGGUUGGAAUUAAAUACCUAGAAGAUGGCACAAAAGUGAGAGUGUCGAGAGGUCAAGGUGCAUCUGGUAACACAGUUCCUCGUCCAGAGAUUUUGAAGAUACGGCCGUUGCUGGGCCAAAAGAUGCGCCGAUGGAACACGUGUUGGAGAGGAGUUACGAUGCCAAAACUGGAAAGGGGAAGCCAGAGCUCUAAGAUGACAGUUGCUUGUUGAGGUCUAUGGUUGGCAAUGGACCAAGAUGUAUUUGUUGUGUCACAUCUUCAUAGCUAUGGGCGUGCCAAGAUUGCAGGCUUUGAGCAUAUUUCUGGAUCAAGUCUGCGCCUCUCUCUGUUUAUUCAUUUCAUGUUCUUGACACUUGAUGGUAAAUAGCAUGCCAAGGUUCUUGCAUAUUUCUGGAUUAGAGGAACGU